GAUGAACAGUUGUGAACUUAUUGAAAUUUAAAUCGGGCAGCACAGGGCACUCGCUUGAGUUCGUUUAGUUUUGUUUACAUUUCUCUCAUUAUUUUUGUAUAUUUACUACAAGAUUUUUUUUAACAUUAUUUAGACUAUGCUAGUAUAGAGUUUUCUUUCACAAAUUAGGGGAUUGAAAUUUGGCUAGGGCUCAGAUACAGAACCUAGGUUAGGUGCUAAAUAAUUAUAAGCAAAAAAAGCAUAAAAAAAUUAGUGGGCUAAAUUGGUAACGCUAGUGACGUAACGUAACGUCAGUUUAAGUUGAACACAUACAGUUUAGAAAUCAAAAUAGAACAACACGUGGGCUUAGUGGAAACUGUGGACUGUCACCUGGAAACAUGAAUUUUGAAUGUGCUGCCUGCUUCUACUUGAAACUUUAAAUUUCAAUGUAUAUUUUGUGAUUUCUGGAGAGCGGAUUAUUGAUCAAUCAAAGUCAUAACCACUAUGUAUAGACCUACUGGAAGCUGGAACGUCGGAAGACCAGAAAUAACUUAUAAAAUGUACAAAGAGAAUAUGCAAUGGAAUCGACCACAAAAAAUGCACGGGCAAGGCAAUACUCAACAAAACUACGAUUUCCAACACUGGUGUGAAACAUGCGAUAAAGGAUUUACCACCGCACACUUUCUUGAAAAUCAUAAACUCCAACAUCAGAAAUGUAACAUUGACGGAUGCCAAUUUAUUGCACAUCCAAAAAUAAUAACUAAACACAUACAAAUGCAACACUCAACUGGUUUAUUUCAAAAAAUAGCCAAACUAAAUAAUCCAGAUGAUGUAAAAAAGUGGAGAGAAGAGAGAAAGAGAAAAUACCCUACAAUUGAAAACAUUAAGAAAAAAGAAGCUGAAAAUACAGAAAAAAUUAACAGAGGUGAAAAGAUGGGAAUGAAAUAUGGACAAAGCAGAAAAAAUUAUAAACAAGACUUCGGACAAAGAACAAACCAAAAGCUUCCGCAGACACACAGAGAAAAACAUUCACAAGGAAAGCAUAAUCAAAUAAAUACAAAUAACAGAAAGAGAAUUUCAACAGAUGCAUCUAAAAACUCAAAAUUUCCUAAGAAAAUUUGUAAAGUAGAUCCUCAUAUAGAGGACAGAAGGACUUUAAAACCCUUUGGCGGCAUCCAAUCAUUGCAAAUUGAAGAUGAUGAUUUGGAGGAACAACCAGAAUCUGAAAAUCAAUGUUGUGUACAUAUAGACGAUGAUGAGGACUUACAUAAUGAUACUGACGCAGUGCAAAAAGAAUCAACUAUUAUAGAACCCACAGUAUGUAGUGCAAUAACAUCUUUAAUGAAUUGUUAUGCAUCAUCUGAUGAGGAAGUGGAAACAAAUUCAUACAGUUCAGGAACAAAGAAACCACUAAAUAAUGCCAAAUCGCAAGAAAUCCCAAUUAAUGACAAAAGUAGCACACAGAACCAGCCAAAAAAAAAUUAUGAUGCGGAAAAAUUGUGUGAAAACGUCGAUGUUCAAGUUGCAAUCUGUCAAGGUGCAGCUGAUGAUGAUAGUAGUCCUGAGGAAUUCAAAAUCAGCAAAGAAGGAACCACUUUGCCUGUUGACAACAAUAAUAAAACUCCUAAGAUAAAACUUACAAAAGAGUUAUCUAAGAAAUUAAAUGGACCAUCAACUAAAAAGUAUGAAAUUAGAAAAAGGAACAAAAUACCUUCAACUCUUUUGGAAAAAUUAUUACACAGGGAAAUACAACAUGAACGAAAUGUGAUACUACAAUGUGUGCGAUAUGUUGUAAAAAAUAAGUAUUUCGAAAAGGGCUAAAUUUUUAAAUCAAGAAAUAUAUUUAUAACUGAAAUA